AUUAAGUGUGGAAGUGUGGAUACCUUGGACUGCACCCCGGCGCCGGCGCUGCCACCGCGGCGUCCACCCUGGCCUGCGAGCAGCAGCAUCAGUAGCCAAAUAAACAGCAGCAGCGGCGGCAGCAGUAGUCCGGCAUCCUCGACCUCGUCCCUAGAGCUUGGAGGCAGUCGUGUGGUGGUGGUACCUGCCGCCGCGAGGCAACGAGUCGCCGUCGCCGCUGCUGCUGCCGCUGCCGCUGUCAACGCGACCAAGACAACAUCGUCGACGUUGCAGCAGCCGCCGGUCCUCCUGCCGCCCAGCUACCCUGCGCCACCGCGGCCGCCCAGUCGAAAUAACGGUGGGGAUGAAGCGCGCGUCGCGAGGGCGGGAGGAAGCGGUCGCGGAGCAUCCUGCUGCAGCACCCUCGCUAAUGGAACGCCCUUGCUGCGAGCGCUACCACCUCGCGCCGCAGCAGGAGCAGCAGCAACAACAACACCAGAAGGAGCACUGCCACUACCACCACAACCCCCAACAGGUCGAGGAGGAGCACUCGAUCUAUCCCUGUUGUCGUCGUCAGUUGUCACUCGUCCGACGACGGCCAUCAGCGUCACGCCGCCCCAACAGCAAUGGGCUAGCCAUCACAACCACCAGAACCUACUUUUGCCGGCUGCCCACAGUUAUUCCCCGUCGCACCAACAGCAGUCGAUCAACAAUCGGCAACAACAGUAUCCAGGAGGAGUCGUAUCACCUUCAGCGCCAGCGGCCGCCCAGGACGCGCCAUUGCCCGUCCUACCCCCGAAAAAGUGGCAGUGGCAUCACGCGGCGGCCCCAACGUCCGUACUAGCCGCAUCAGUUCCCAUGUCGCAGCAUGCGGCGGCCUCGCCGCCGUCCCGACCGCCCUCCUCGGCCUCGUCCACGGCCAGCGGCUCGAGCACCACCGCGACCCGCCACCACCACGACCACUCGAGGCCUCUGCCGCCACCCCGGCUGCCCUCCGCCUUCGAGUCCCCGGCGAGCCUACCCCCCUCGCCCCGGCUGCUCUCCUCGAGCACGAGUUUUCGCAGCGCCGGCCGACCCGCCCCAGUUGGACCGCCGCCACCGGCUACCCCCUCCCCGUCGCUGCCGAGGCCCGGCGGUGCCGUGCCCGUAACGACGACGACCACGACGACAGCAGCGGCGGCGGCGGCUGCUGCCCUGGCCGAGGUCGUGAGCCUCGAGGUCCCGAGGCCGGACGGCGAGCGCAUCCCCAACGAGUACGUCGAGACGCCCUUCAGGCCGGCUGCCGUCGUCAGCAAGCCCGGCGCCCUCGACGCCCACCAGAUAAAGCCCAGCAACCACCAGCGGUCCUCGUGUCCCCUGAGCAGCCACAAGACAACAGCCACGAACAAGCCCUCCAGGCGGCCAAUAGGUUCCUCGAGCAGCAGCAGCAGUAGCAGCAGGAGCCAACAGCAGCAGCGUCGUCGCCAGCAGCUGGUGGACGAGGCGGACGCGGUGAGGCCCGUGGGGGGUACGGUGAUAACGAAGCAGCCCGUGUCGUUUACGAAGGAGCCGAGCAACGGGCUCGGGGGGCCAAGGGGCACCGAGGGCACCCAGCCCAGUCUGUCGAUAAUGUGCGACCAGUGCGGGCGCUGCAGGUGCGAGAGCUGCCGGGAGCCACCGCCUCUGCCGAGUCGGUGGGUGUGCGACAACUCGUGUCUCUGCUCCCCCGAGUCGGUCAUCGACUACGCGAGCUGCGUGUGCUGCGUCAAGGGCGUGUUUUACCAUUGCGCGGAGGGUGGGGUCGGCGGUGGUGGCGGCGGUGGCGGUGGCCCGGGGGCCGGGCUACACCUCGACACGUCCGAGCUCGGGAGCAACUGCGCCGACGAGCCCUGCUCGUGCGGUGGCUCCCGGAAAACGGCCCGUUGGACCUUCAUGGGCGCGAUGGCCCUCGUCCUGCCGUGCCUCCUCUGCUACUGGCCCCUACGGGGCUGCCUGUACGUGUGCGAGGCCUGUUACGCGAAACACGCCAGCCAAGGCUGCAGGUGCGAGCCCCGGAGCUUGGCCACGGCGCGCCAAGCCGGCCUUGCGUCCGACCCCCUCAACUCCUCCACGUCCUCGUCGACGUCGUCGUCGCAGUCGCGCUCCCAACUGUCGGAGGCGCUCAUCAGGGACUCGAGGGACCCGGAGAAGAGGCUCCUCGACCCUUUGGGCGCCGAACUGUGAGCCCAACGCCGGACUAUAUUUUAUAUAUACAUAUAUAUAUAUACACACACGUACAUAUACACGACGUACCUAUAUGUUCAAAAGCGUGCGCGCGUAUGUUUCUUUUUUUAUUAUUAUUUAUUGAUAUAUACGUAUAUGUGCAUUGUAUGUGUAUGGUAUACAUAAAUAUUAUACGCGCGUUGGCACCAUAUAUACAACGCGCAACGAGCACGGACGCGGCACGCCAGCGCGUGUGUAUGUACACAUAUAUGCGUAAACACGUAGCCGCGCUCGGGUGGAGAGAGAGAGGGAGAGGGGGGGCCCCCCUCGAGUACGAUGAACUCGGUGACGAGGACGAAGCGAGGCCGUCCAAGGCAAAAAGAACGCGUAGCGGUGUGUGUGUGUGUGAGAGAGUGUGUGUGUGUGUGUGUGCUGUACGCGGCCCCAGAGUUAUCUCUCUCUCUCUCUCUCUCUCUCUCUCUUCUUCCGUCCUCCUCCUCUUGUUUUUUAUUCUCGCUCGGACUCGGCCGAGGGGAGAAAGGGAGAGCGAGCGGCUCCGAGGAAGGAGGGACAGAAGAGACGCACUCGUCGUCGUCGUCUUCGUCGUGUACGGGGAGACUGAAAAAGAGAGGAGAGUGUGUCCAGAAGGAGGAGGAAGACGGAAGAGGCCGAUGAAAGAGAGAAAGAGACUCGACGGACGGCCGCAAGGGACCGAAAGAGGAAAGGAAGGAACAAACAAGAAAGAAAAAAAAAAAAAAAAAAACAACAACAACAGCAGCGAAAAGUGUAUUGCAUUAGUACAAGAGUUGCAUUUAAGCGAGGAUGUACGUGUGUGCGAGAGCGUGCAAAACAAAAAACAAAAAAAAGGAGCAUGUACGAAAAAGGACAGGUUCGCGUAUGAGGCGGAAGUGCAUUGUUGCUCUUCGAGUGUAAAGAGAUAGCCAACGAUUUUUGUAAUUGCAUAGAAAGCGAGUGUCUGUGCGUUAAAUUUGAUCAUGAUCAUCAUGAUGGAGUUGUUUUUUUUUUUUUCCCUAAAAAGAACGCGAGGCGUGCCUGGAUGUGUCCACACAUUUUCGUAUGGAUCUUCGCUGAUUGAAAGAAGACAAUUUUUGCUAUCAUGCGUAUGAAAACUAUUAACUAUUACUCACUAUACGUCGUAUAACGGACUUUGUAAUUCAACAAACUGAUAUACAUAUAAUAAUAUGAUGGACUAUAAAGAUAAGGUGAAAUGAAUGAAGGCCCAAGUAAAUGGAGGGGGAAGAAAAAUUAUAUAAAAUACAAAAAAGCACGUACGAUGACGACAAAGACGACGUUUACAACUAUAAGGUAGGAUUGAUUAAGCGCGCGCAAAGAAAAAUCAUAGAUAGUUCUAUAUAAACAAAUAAAUAAAUAUAUAUAUUAUACAUGUAUAAAUAAUCACUAUAUCGAGAUGAAAUGAUGGAUGGAAACUAAAAAAAAUAGAUAUAUUAUAUAUGUAUGUGCAUAAGAUGAAGAAAAAAAAUUAUAUAUUGUAUAUUACGUUUGUAUAAAGAACAAAACUUUUCUACAGUUAAUUUAUUCGUGGGCGUAUAUCGCGGGUAACACAAGUUUUAUUACACAAAAGCGCGACGACGAGGAUAAGGAUAUUUCAAAUGAGAACGAUAAAGGCGAAUUUCUUUAUUAUUUUUUUUUUUACAUAUUUAUUUUUUCUUUUUUUUUUUUUUUCUUCUUCUAAAAAUAUAUUUUGUCCCACUGGUCUGUUAAAGUUAUGAUUUGGAACGGGAGAAAGGAAGUAAUGAAAGAAUUCGGUGCACCGAGGACUGAUUCAAAGUUUUCUCAAUCCAUAACCACCACCACGACUACUACUGUUAUUCAUUACUAUUAUAAUCCCCAUUUUACUAUUGAUUAUGGUAUAUUUGUGUAACUAUUACUAUUAUUAACUUCUUUUUUUUAUGGCAUAAACAUGUUCAAAGAAAAAAAAUAAAUUACUCUCGGUCCUCGGUCGAAGCAAGUACACAAAAAAAAGAAAGAAAAGUAAGGAAGGAAGGAUAUGAAAACACUGCGGUAUAUAAUAAAAUAUAUUGUAUACCUGUUAAUAAUAGGGAUGUAACACGCGUUUUUUUUUUUUUUUUUUUUUUUUUGCUAAAAGAGAAACGCAUGGCUUUAAAAAGAACAGAGAAAGAAUGGUUCAAUUGACGGGAUUCUGUACGCUCGGGAGUGUUUUUGACUUUAUUAAUUUUUCCAGUAUUAUCUAGUCUUGCGAACACGUUUUUGUCAAACGCGGAAAACCACGGUAUAGGCUUUCUUUUCGAUCGGAGCGAACACACGCGAUUUUUAAUGAAAAAAAAAAAAUAAUAAUAAUAAUAAACAAAUAAA